AUGCUCGACGAGGUCGUCCGACGCGAUCCGUGCUUUCGACGGGCGCGGAAAACCCCGGCGGAGGUGGGGUUUUGCCGCCGCGUGCUCAUGGCGUAUACGCGGGCCCUCGUGCUUUCCGACCCCGUGCCCCUUCCCGAGCGGUUGGUGGAGCUGCUAUUGGAUGUUCUUCUCCUCCCGGACGCGCGUCGAUCCCGUCGAGAGGGGGCUUUUCAUUCCACAACGGAAAAGGAGGAUUCCCCGAUGGCAUCCGCGUGGUUCCUUUACUCCAGCUUCCUACGCGAGGUCUUGAGCUACGAUCAUUACAGCCAAACCGCCCUCGCCUUCGCGAGGAGGCGGGAGAGGGGAGGGGGAAAACCGACACCCAAUAUCGACCCGCAAUACCGAAGUUUAAUACCGGAAACCCCCGAAAUGGCGAAUCUUCUCUAUGAUGUGGCAGUGAGCCUCGGAGGGAGAGGGGGGGGAACCAACAAGGCGGGGACGACCUCACAAGGGGGAUUUCCUCCCCGCCCUCAUCCGGAUCGCGCGCGGUGGUCGACUUAUUUGUUUUCGCUCAGCUUUCAGCGGUGGGUGCGGCUGGGGAGGCUCGACCUCGCCGCGGUGGCGGCUUAUGCUUUUUAUCCAUCGCAGCCGGAUCGCGUCGUGCGCCUUCUCGUCGAUAUCUACGACAGCGACGGCGAGGGCGUGGACGCGUCGGGAUGGAUGGAUGCGUUGCGUGGGGUGCUCGCCUGCGCGGCCUUCGCCGUUUCCCGCCAGGCCAACGGCGAGAUCGACGACUUCCAGGCGGCGGUGGAAAGGGUGAGGUUUCUCCCCACGCCGGAGGAUUUUCCACCCGACGCGCCGCCGCGCGCCGCGCUGGAGUUCAUCGCGUACUAUGAACAGAUUCAGGAAGCACUUUUUAGCUGUUACAGGGGUGGUUUGCCAUGGGAUGAAUACCGCAAGACUGUUUUGGAUCCCUUUAAAGAUCUCUACGAUCUUCUGGCUUGUCAAUCAACACGGGCGUCAUCGUUAGGGAAUGUCGAAAGCGCGUGCGAGGAUGGUUUCGUGUGA